AUGGGGUCGACUCAAUUUGGAAAUUUCCACGACUUCUGUCGCGACUCAACCCUACCGGUUUGCAAUCUUUUCACCAAUGAGACGGCGACGGAUGCCUUUGGCGCGUGCGAUUUGGUCGGCAUUCCGCUGAGUGGGAACAGACAUCUUCGGAACUUAGGUUCUAUUCUACUGGCUUUUAUUGCAAUUGUUUUGACUCUGGGCAUGCUAUGGAGGACCGAUAAGAAGCAUGCUGCUGUUGGGCGAAGGGAAAUGCAAUUGUUCUUGCUAGGUUUUAUUAUUAUUGAGAUCUGUGAGAUUUUCACUGUGGGCGGAUUCCCGCUACAUGAUGCGGUGCGGAAGGGAUUUUCGGCGGUGCAUAUCGCUGCGAUUACCUCUACUUGCUGGGUUCUGCUCAUGAACGCGCUGGUCGGCUUCCAGCUACUUGACGAUGGUACACCAGCUUCUAUUGGGUUGAUUUGCGCAUCUGCUGCGGCGCUGUUCAUCGGUACUGGCUACAUUGCCUUGGACACUGGAUUCGAUUGGACAGGCCACUUCCAGUCAAGUCAUGUUGACCCGAAUCGCAAUAUCGCCCUUUAUGUCCUGUAUCAACUCUUCCCGCUCAUCUGCCUGGUCUUCUUCUACGUCCUGGAAGCUGUGCUGGUCCUCCGAGUUCUGGGCGAGUUCCGGCCAAUGCUGUAUCUCACUGGGGCCGCAUUACUGUUUGCAAUUGGCCAAAUCUUCAACUAUGUGAUCAGCACCCACCUGUGCCACGCCACAGACGGAAAGAUCAACGGCGCUCUUUUCGAGACCCUUUUCACUCUUCUCGCUGUCUCCGGGGUCUGGACCUUUUGGAGCAGUAUCACCGAAGAUGACUGGCCCCUGCCCGUUGGUGGCCCUGGAGGCGCA